AUAUUUUAUUGACGCAUGCGCAGUGAGCUUUCUCCUUGUUGGUUGCAAAGGUUAGCGUUUGGUAAGCACAAAGUUUUCACUGUCAUAUCUGGAUUUAUCUUGGUGCUUUGGUCGUAUCGUAAAUCACACAUAAAAAUGUACUGUUCAAGAAUUGUUGCCCCAGCAACCAGAUGCCUGGUUUCGAGUGGGAGCAAAGCCAUCAGACCAAUCAGUAGCACAGUUGUAUCAAAAGAUAACUCAAACCUUAGUCUCUCACCAGUUACCACAAAUGCUCUUAUGAGCCAGCUUAGAAAUUUCCAGACCAGUGUAGCCAAACGUGAUAUUGAUCAGGCUGCCAGAUACAUUGGAGCUGGAGCUGCCACUGUUGGAGUAGCUGGAUCAGGAGCUGGUAUUGGAACAGUAUUCGGCAGCUUGUGUAUUGCUUUUGCUAGAAACCCAUCAAUGAAACAGCAGUUGUUUGGUUACGCCAUCUUAGGAUUUGCCUUGGCUGAGGCUAUGGGUCUUUUCUGUCUUAUGAUGGCCUUCAUGAUCGUCUAUAUUCUAUAAAUUAUGCAUUCUAUAGACAAUAUUUUUGUUUGGUUGACUAAUACAUUAUAGUGUGUGAGAGUAAAGUUUAAAACUAUCGAAAACUGGUAACAGUGCUACAGGGAACAAACGAUAAUCCAGUUCUCAUUUUGUGAUAAAUGCUCUACAUCCGAGCUGUAAAAUGUGCUUAUUUAUACGAAACGAUUGAAUAGAUCAACUUUCUUUUUGGAUUAUCACAAAAGUUGUAAAAGUUUUACAAAAAUAGAGAAAAUAAAAUAUGUUAAAGAUGUGAAA